CAGACAUUGAUGUGUGGCAUCGGGGAAGCGAAGGGGUCACAUGUGGUAAUGAUAUCGCAAAGUGUCAUCAUCUAAAGGAUACGAACACGGUUUUGGCUGCCAGGGCAAAUCUUGUGAAAAAUAACCCAGUUUUAACGUUUAUACAAUUUGGUAAGGCCCGGUCAUUAUUUAUGGCGGCGGUGGCACCGAAGAGAAAAGUUUUUCAUGGUAAAACGUUUUGCUAAUCCAACCAUUAAUGGUUGGAUCAGUCAAAAAAAUUUUUACCCAACCUCAAAUAUCAGUUAAAACAUAAAUACCCAUCCCUGGUCAAAAACUUUACAAAAGGGUACCAUGCAUUCAGUUGUCACACAUGUCCUUUACCACUUCUGUGAUAUGAGUUUGAUAACUGCCUGUGCGAUUUUCUGGUCUCAGAGACUAAAGUUUCAUGUUGUCUGCACAUGUACUUUCGGCUGCCUUCUGACAAAUCGAAAAGUGAUCAAGAUAGUGACUCCCAUUGAUUUACAUAUUGCAUUGACAUAUGACUGUUGACAUUGCUUUUUAGCCUUCAAUAUUUGAGUGAGUCAUACUUUGGAAAUGACAGUAGGUUUUAGUAUUACCCAACCCUUGAGUUGUUUUGUUUUUCAUUUACCCAACCUUUUACUCACUCAAAAUAUUGUUUACCCAACACUUUUAUCUUCAGUGCAAACCCCAGCCAUGCAUGAAUAAUGACCGGUUAUUCACACGAAUUAAAAUUGAGAAGUGUUUUACAUGAAUCUGAAAUUCCUCUCAGAAACGUUACAAAGGUUUCAAGCAUUAUGAAAAUAUAAAAAAAGUCUCGUUUCAGACAUGGUAGACUUGGCCGCUCAUCAAUCAUGCUGGGGUUGUCCUUUAUACUACCACGCUUUAAAGUCAGUAGAAAUGAAAAUUAAAUUGUUGAUUGAUGCGUUAAAUCAGACACAAGAUUCAUCUGGUAGGUUUGUAGCUAGAACAACCCCGCGUUUCGUAAUAAGCUGGGAUAAAGUAAACUAAUUAAAACUACACAUGCACGUAAAAGUCUCACAACUUGUCAACAAGAUGUGUUCGCAACAGGCUUGUAGCAAGCUUGUCAACAAGUUGUAACAAUGCUGUUAUUUUAUCAAGUUGCUAUACAAGGUUGUCACUCACAACUUAUCAACAAGAUGUGUUCACAACAGGCUUGUAGCAAGCUUGUCUGUUCACAACAGGCUUGUAGCAGGCUUGUCAACAAGUUGUAACAAUGCUGAUAUUUUAUCAAGUUGCUACAAGUUUGUCACUCACAACUUAUCAACAAGAUGUGUUCACAACAGGCUUUUAGCAAGCUUGUCAACAAGUUGUAACAAUGCUGUUAUUUUAUCAAGUUGCUACAAGUUUGUCACUCACAACUUGUGUUCACAACAGGCUUGUAGCAAGCUUGUCAACAAGUUGUAACAAUGCUGAUAUUUUAUCAAGUUGUUACAAGGUUGUCACUCACAAUUUAUCAACAAGAUGUGUUCACAACAGGUUUGUAGCAAGCUUGUCAACAAGUUGUAACAAUGCUGUUAUUUCAUCAAGUUGUUACAAGUUUGUCGCUUACAACAUGUUGAAAGGUCCAAGUCGUAGGUUCGAUUCCCACCGUGGUCAGACAUAUUUUUCAAGCUUGCCCGGUGUGGAUAUACACUCAGAGUAACAUCACAAGCAUCAUGUUGACAAAUUGGUGAAUUGCAGGACGAUAACAAAUUGUUGGAACAACUUGUAACAAGUCUGUUGAGCUCAACAAUCUUGUAGGAAGUUGUCAACAAGUCGUUGACAACUUGUCAACAAGCUGAGAACAAGCAGUGCGAACACAUCCUGUUGACAAGUUGUUGGAACAGCAUUGCUACAAGUCUGCUGCAGGUUUUUACGUGUGUAGUUUAAUAUUCUUGCUUCUAUUACGUGUACGUUUACACUAACUUUAUCGACACUUGAUAUUGAUAGCAUCAUCUGCAGUUCUGGACGUGCAGAAGGGCCAUCCAAUUAAUUAUGGUAAUACUAGAGGAGAACUAAAAAAAUUUGUACUAGACACCACUUUCAGUUCUAAACCUUUUUCCAUUGAGGUCAGGAAAGGAUCUCUUAUUGUUCCAGUAUUAGGCCACAUAAAAUAAAUUCCUUGAUUCUCAUCACCGCCCGACUGUAUUUUAAGAGCCGCGUGAAAUUUUUUUAUAUUUUGUUAUACAAUAUAAAUGUACCGCCCGACAAAAUAUUUCAAGACAGUUAAGUUUUUUAUAUUUUAUAUUGGGUUUUUAGUGCCAUUUUAAACUGCCAAUUUCAAACAAAUAGAACCUUGAAAGAAAUUUCAUUGCAUUUUAACGGAACUUCGCAUUCAGCACAAGGGCCUGUCAUUGUUCGUGGAGAAAUAUGUUUAUUUCAGUUUGUGACACUUUUAUUUAUUGAUAUAUAUUAAAUUAUAUAAAUAUAAAAUAUAAAAUAUAAACCUCCCGCCUCUUCGACAUUUUCAAAGUGUAGUGAUGAGAAUCAAGGAAUUUAUUUUAUGUGGCCUUACUGCUACAGGAGGAAACCUAAACUAGACGUUUAUUUCCAUAGUGAUCCAGUAUUCAGAUUCUAUAGUCCUUAAACUAUAGAAAAGUGUAAAAAGAAAUUACGUCCGAAAAGACGUUAAACUAUUCUACUCGAAAAUGGAGUAGAAGGAUUUGUAAGAAAUGAUUGAGGUAACCGACUUAUAGUGUUAAACAGUGAGUCGAUCAGUAAUUCCAUAUAGUUCGUUCCCCUCAAACAUUUCUUACAAAUCUUUCUGAAGUCAUUAAUAAUUCAUGAGCAAUUCAGCCAAUGAUAAUCACCUACUUGAUCACAAGAUGCCAUUUGGAUAACCCGGUGAAACUUGAUGAAAGUCACUGGUGUUUUCAUCAAAUAUCUUAAUUACGCAUGCAAAAUUACUUGAAUAGAAUUCCUAAUUACGUUAUGCUUGGACCUUGGUUAAGAAUUCUAUUCAAAUCAGGAAACGAAAACAUUCUGUUACGUCUCGAUUCAUUUGAGAAGCCAUCUUGAAACAACUCGAGCUCGUGUCUCACCGGGAUAUCCAAACACUCGAAAACAAUGUAUGAAAACACUCGCGCUUCGCGCUCGUGUUUUCAUACAUUGUUUUCUCGUGUUUGGAUAUCCCGGUGAAACACUCGCUCUCGUUGUUCAUAUAUUACUUCUAAACUUAGAAUUUACCAAUGCAAAAUUCCUACUGUGAUCAUAGAGAAAGUUUGAUAGUGCAAACCAGGCUUUAUAUAUAUUUUUAUUUUUAAUUCAGGUCAACCAAUGCUUGAUGGAACAUUGGUCGUGAUUGUGUCAGAUCAUGGCGGCUGGAGAAACGGACACGAUUUUAAUAAACCGUUCAGUGCAUUAGUUGACAUCCCAAUACUCAUUCGCGGUGAGUAUAGCUAUUUCGGGCACCCCUCAUCCCAGGGCCGUAGGAGCGGGCGGGCAGCAGCCCGGGCAACUGCUGAAAAAAUUUAACUUUGUCGCGAUGUUCAAAACCCAAAAUCCUUUUGGCGUUCCCGUCAAAAUUACUUUGUUGUGGCUUUAUUUUGAAGUUCCCACAGUUAGCAACCUUUUAAAUAUACUCUGGCUGUUGAGAAACACAAAAUACAGAAACUGCAAAUGCAAUUAUACACUGAUAAGUACCUAUAGACAAACGUUUGCUAAUGGAUGAUUGCUAUGAUUGCUAUAGACGAAAUUUUGAUCUAGACAAGAAGACCAUUACCAUAGUUGGAAAGAGCAUCUUAAAAUGAGUAAAAUUGCAAAGUUCGGUUGCGAAUUGUUGUAAAAUGAGGAAAAUAUAGCCGUGUGAAGUUCGCAAAUUUUGUAUAUAUUUGCAUUACGCUCGGGAAAAAUAACCAUUUUUGAGCCGAAACUGCAUGGUUAUUUUUACCGCGCGUAAUACAAAUAUAUACAAAAUUUGCGAACUUCACAGUGCUAUAUUUUCUUCAUUUUACAACAUUUAGCAACCAAUCUUUGUAGUUUUACUCAUUCUAAGACGCUCUUUCUAGCUGUGGUGUUGGAUUUCGUUCUUCUUGCCUUGAUAAAAAUUUAGUCUAUGGGCAUGGCUGAAAUCACCCAUUUCUCAUCCAAAUGUAACCAAAAUUGAAUCAUGUAGGUCCAGAUGCGCUAAAGAACAACAGUUUGGAAAGUAAAUAUGUGUCGAGUCUCGAUGUGGCAGCGACCGUUCUCAAUGCAAUUGGCGUGGAGAAAAGCGAAUUUAUGAGAGGCCAAGUUUUGGAACAAAUUUAUCCGUGAACAUUAUCAGUAACCGUUUGCGGUCUAGGUAAAAGGUGUGAAAAUCAGUAGAAAAGUUACACAAUAAAAUAUAUAAUAAAUUUCGACUCACAGAAUAAAAAUGACGUGUAAUUUAAAAUGGCGGUAUUAAAAAUUAUUCUAAUUUUCAUUAUUUACAAAAGACUAUAGGGUAUAAUCAUAAAAAACUAGCGUGUAUUGUUAGUUCGAAAUUGUUGAUAUUUUCAACAUAUUCCAUCCAUGUCGUUACUGUAAAUUUCAUAAUUUCUAAAAACAAAUCUUGUCGACUCGAUUUAGAAAUAUAAGGAUAUUAAGUAGAUAUUCAAUGAAUAAAAAGAAACUCUUAAAAUGUCUGUCUUCGUGUCCACACAUAUAUGUUACUUUGUAUGGCUUUUGAGUUUUGUCUUCCUUUAUGCUUUUGUUUAUCUCGGAUGUGCGAGCCAGGCGUAAGCAUUUUCUAUAUCUAACAGUGACAUCUAUUCAGCUUGUCUUUUUCCAACAUGGCGUAUCGUCGCAGUAUAAAGCGGGACUUUUAUGUACAACAGUGGUCUCGCGGUUGAGCUCAAGCAAGCGAUGCUUUGUCCGCACUGACCAUAGAUAUCUUAUAUACACUAGAUAGUGCAUCUAAUUAUUCUGCAAUUCAAAAAUUGAAGCCGUGAUUGCAGGCUCAGGGUAUUCCUAUGAAAUGAGAAGAUUGAUAUGUUUUCUAUUUCUUAAACAGGGAACUUAAACAUUCAAUUAAACCUAUUCCAAAUACAUUUUCAAACUAUUCAAAUGAUGAAAGUUAUUGUUCUUUUUUAAGCGUUUAUCAGCGAGUGGGAAACUCCAACAUGGCCGCCAUCUAUUCAAAUGGGGGUAACCGCUGGAAUAUUCUUGGCUUCAAUUUUACUAAACGAGAUGCGCUAUCUAGUGUAUAUAAGAUAUCUAUGGCACUGACGCGGUAUAACUACCGUUCAAAAUUUCCUUAUUUUUGAAAAAAUUUCCUUGCAAUAAAAAUUAUUGAAUUUUACCUAAUUUAAAACUGAUUUUAUAGUAAUUUAUCUCGAAUAACCGGGUAUUUCUUGUUCUAGAAGGCACAUAGACGUUGCAGGAGCUGAAUUAUCAAAGGGGAGAGAGAAAGAGUUUACCUAGAUUAACACGAAGGAGAAUAACCAGGGGGGUCUGGGGGUGCUCCCCCAGAAAAUUUUCAGAUUUUGCAUCUCGCAGAACAGGAUUUUCAGCAUAUUUUGAAGCGCAUUUCCUUGGAAAUUGCCGUAUUCUUAGGAUUUUGUAGAAAUAAGGCAAUUUCCUUCACAUUUCCUUCAAUCUUCCGAAAUUUCCUUCAAAUUUCCUUCAGAUUCGAAUUUCCUAAUAAUUUCCUUCAACUAGUUCAAAUUUCCUUCAAAAAGGAAAUUUCCUCCAAAAUGGAAGCACUGGUAAAAUAGCUGCAUGUGGCUAAGUGUAUUAUAGUCUGCGUUAAUAAAUUUUUGAAUUUUUAAUUUUUGAAUUCGACUCCGUGUAGACAAACGUCGCUUGCUCGAGCUCGCUAUUAGUAAGGGUCUCCCAGGGAUUUCUAGGGCACAAAGGAACAAUUAGGCAUAUUUUGCAAUGGGAAGAGGGAACAAAGCCGAAAAAAAAUCGUAAGAACCAAGGGAACAUGCAAGGUUUGGGAAAUAUAAUCAAAUCUUUGUUGCGAACAAAGGAAAACUAUUUAAGCAUACUCGAUAGAAUAAGAAGGUUAGGGAACUCGAUGCAGACAUAUUAACAGAUCUCAUUAUCUAAAAGCUUGUCUUUUUUGGUUUAUGCAAGAAAUAGUCGGUUCAUCGUCACGUGUGUGUUGUAUUUUCGCCAGAUCAACCAAUGUUUUCAUUUAACCAUUGUGUAAUUACACACGUAAAAACGCACAAGUUGUUACAAGUCUGCAAGCAAGUUGUUACAAAUCUGUUCACAAGUUGUGUUCGCACUGCUUGUUCCCAGUUGUUGUAACAAGUUUGGAACAAGCUGUUGACAACUUGUAACAAGCUUGAUGGCAUUAUCAGACUUGCUACAAGGUUGUUGUAACAAGUCUGAUACGGUCAUGAUAUAACAAGAAUGUUACAAGAUUGACGACACAAGGUUGUAGCAACAUUGUUAUAUCAUGACUUGUUGGAACAACCUUGCAUCAAGUCUGAUAAUAUCAACAAGGUUGUUACAAGUUGGUGACAGCUUGUUCCAAACUUGUUGACAACUUGGGACAAGCGGUGUGAAGUUUCUUGCACGAACCUGUCUGUAUCGAGUUUCCUAACCUAUGAUUAAAGUCAACCCAGACCCCCUCCCUCCUGGAAGACCCUCGUGACGGUAUAAUACAACUUUGGUUUAUACAUACACAGGUGCGCUCUUAGGGUUUGUGUUGUCCUUUUUUGUCUCGACUUCUUCGUACAGUUCAGGAUCUUCAGUUAAGUCGAAAGAAUCUUGUUUUACUUGGACUUUUGCGUAUGGAUGUUCUUCCUGGGAAGAUUCUUUCUUUUGUGGCGUUGUUUCAGAAUCUUUUUGUCGUGCCACCGCUUCGUAUUGGUGUUCUUCCUGGACAGAAUCUUUCUUUUCUAGCGCUGUUUCAGAAUUUUUCGUUCGUGGCAUCGUUUCGUAUUGGUGUUCUUCACCAGAAACUACA